AUGGCUGCGGAGGAGCGGGUGCUUCCCGUUUUGUUGGUGCCGGUCCCCGCCGAGGCCGCAGUGCGCCUGGGGUCCCGGGCGCAGCUGCACAGAGACCAGGCGGUCCUGGGGAGUCUGACGGCCGCAGGCAGCCUUCACGUGCUCCCCUUGGCGCCGGGCGGCCGAGGUGGGGGCGACUGCCGCCUGGAAGGCUGUUUUCGGCAGUUUGUAUGGGAGGAUUCUCGUCACAGUGGGACACCAAACGACAAGCCCAGACUGCUUGCUGUUAGUGAAAAUUAUGAACUGCUCAUCUAUGAAUUUAAUUUGGAAGAUGGAAGAUGUGAUGCAACCGUUUUGUAUAGCUAUAGUGAGGAGACAUUGCAGAAGCUUGUUGAAGAUCAAGAUAUCAGUAUUUUCUUACUGUCUUUGAGAAUUCUGUCAUUUCACAACAACACAUCAUUAUUGUUCAUCAACAAGUGUGUUGUCCUGCAUGUUAUGUUUCCUGAAAGAGAUACUGCGAUUAGGGUACUCAGCUGUUUCACAUUACCCUUACCUGCGCAGGCAGUGGACAGGAUUAUUGACACGCAGCUCUGCAGAGGAGUUCUCUUUGUUUUGAGUAGUUUAGGCUGGAUCUACAUUUUUGACAUUGUGGAUGGUAGACAAAUAGCUCAUGUGGAUUUAGCACUUCCUCAAGAAGAUGCGUGUAAUGAGCAGCAACAGGAGCCAGCCAGGAGUUCUUCAUUUACUUCACUGAAAGUGUCUCAGGACCUGGAUGUUGUAGUGGUUGUGGGCGUCUCCAGCACUGCAGUUGCUCUUAACUUGAAUUUGUACUUCAGGCAAUACCCAGGACACCUGUUAUGUGAAAAAACUCUACAAGACAUCCCUAUUGAAGGUCCCCAGGGGAUAGAUGAAGAUGAUCCUGUUAAUUCUGACUACAACAUGAAACUGACCAAGUUUUCCUUCCGAAUUGAUAGGUCUUGGAAAGCCCAGCUGUCAUCACUGAAUGAAACAAUAAAGAGCUCCAAGCUGGAAGGUUCCUGCCGUGCUCCAUGGUACCAGGAUGUUUCACAUCCGGAGUCCCCCGCAUCUGGCAACCGCAGUACCGGUGUGUCAGAUGGGGCCUUCAUUCCACAGGAUGUCACAUGCAGCCCGUGUAACUUUCCACAGAAAGGCCCUGCCAGGACCAGUGGUCCAGGAAGAGUGUGGAAAAGGAUGCACAUCAGGGAACAGGAGGAGUCCCUUGAGCUUGCCUGUGUGUCUGUGACAGGCUUCACUGCACUGUUCACUUGGGCAGGGGAAAGGACAGGCUGGACCAUUGUCCUGUGGGACUUGGAGACCCAGAGUAUGCAGUGUUUUUUGCUGGGCAAAAAAUGUAUUCCUGUAGACAGUGGUGGAGACCGGCAGCUGUGCCUCGUCUUGACAGAAAGUGGACUGUCUCUGAUUUUGUUUGGUUUGACUCAAGAGGAAUUUUUAAAUAGGCUGAUGAUCCACGGAAGUGCCAGCACUGUGGACUCUCUCUGUCAUCUUAAUGGUUGGGGGCGGUGUUCCAUCCCCAUACAUGCACUGGAGGCAGGUAUAGAAAACCGCCAGCUGGACACAGUAGAUUUCUUUUUAAAGAGCAAAGAAAAUCUUUUGACUCCAUCCUCAAAAUCUUCUGUAUCUGACCAGUUUGAUCACUUUGCAUCCCAUCUAUAUUUAAAACAUGUGGAAGAGCUGACACCAGCGCUGGAUUUACUUUGCUCAGCAAUUAGAGAAAAUGAUUCUGAAACCCAGAGCAAACACUUUUCAGAACAGUUACUUAACCUUACACUGUCUUUCCUUAACAAACAAAUAAAAGAGCUUUUUAUUCACAUUGAAGAGCUAGAUGAACAUCUACAGAAAGGAGUGGACAUUUUGACCAGCUACAUUGAUGAACUUCGAAGCUUCAUGAUUAAGUUUCCCUGGAAGCUAACAGAUGCUAUAGAUGAAUAUGAUGUAAAUGAAAAUGUCCUCAAAGUAAAGGAGAGCAAUAUAUGGGAGAAACUCAGCGUUGAGGAAGUUAUUGCCAAUGCCAUUUUAAACAACAGAAUACCAGAGGCACAAACUUUCUUCAGGAUUAACAGUCAUUCUGCUCAAAGACUUGAGGAACUGAUUAGAAUAGGCCUAGAUUUGGUCUUUGACAAUUUGAAAAAAAACAAUAUAGAGGAAGCCUCUGAGCUUUUGAAGAAUAUGGGCUUUAAUGUAAAAGACCAGUUGCUCAAGAUAUGCUUCUAUACAACUGAUAAAAGUAUACGGGACUUUCUGGUUGAAAUUUUUCAAGAAAAAAAUUAUUUUUCUGAAAAAGAGAAAAAGACUGUAGACUUUGUGCAUCAAGUUGAGAAGUUUUAUUCAGGACACUUACAAGAAAAUUUGCAGAUCCAGUCUUUACCCAGGUAUUGGAUAAAGGAACAAGAUUUUUCCAAGCACAAGUCUGUUUUGGACCCGUUGCUGAAAUAUGAUCAUAAAGAUAAACUUAACAAGCAAGAUCAUAGGAUUGUGUUAAAUUGGGCUCAGUGGUGGAAUCAGCCAACACAAGAAUCCAUCCUUCUCCCCUGGAUAAAUCCAGAAGGAUAUAGGUCGUAUUCUCCUGAAGCCCUCUGGAGAUACCUCACGGCACGCCAUGACUGGCCUAGCAUUAUCCUGUGGAUUGGAGAAUUUCAGACCCAGAGCAGUCAUGCUUCUCUUGAGCGGAAUAAAUGGCCGCCUUUGACUGUUGAUGUUGUUGAUCAGAAUACUUGUUGCAACAACUACAUGAGAAAUGAAAUUUUAGAUCAGCUGGCCAGGAAUGGAAUUUUUCUUACAUCUGAGUUAGAAGACUUUGAACUCUUCCUUGCCAGACUGAACCGUGUUGGGGGUGUGAUGCAGGAUGCCCUCGCUGUUCAAAACUAUAGGUCCAAAGAAGGUUGGGAUUUCCACUCUCACUUCAUUCUCUAUUGUUUGGAACACAGUCUGCAAUAUCUUCUUUAUGUCUAUCUUGACCAUUACAAACUUAGUCCUCCAAAUUGUCCUUUUUUGGGAAAAAAAGAAUUACAUGAAGCUCACCCUUGGUUUGAAUUUUUAGUUCAGUGUCGACAAGUUGCCAGUAAUUUAACAGAUCCCAAACUGGUCUUCCAGGCUAGCCUUGCAAAUGCUCAGAUACUGAUUCCCAGCAACCAGGCCAGUGUCAGCAGUAUGCUAUUGGAAGGACAUACCCUCCUGGCCCUUGCUACCACAAUGUAUGCCCCUGGGGGCGUCAGCCAGGUUGUUCAGAAUGGAGAAAAUGAGAACUCUUUGAAGAAAGUAGAUCCCCAGCUACUGAAGAUGGCAUUAACUUCUUACCCAAAGCUUAAAGCUGCUCUAUUCCCACAGUACACCGCCCCUAGUGUCCUGCCUCCCGAUAUUACACUCUACCACCUCAUUCAGUCGCUGUUGCCCUUUGACCCGAGCAGAUUGUUUGGCUGGCAGUCUGCCAAUACAUUGGCUAUAGGAGAUGCAGCGAGUCAGCUCCCACAUUUCUCUAGCCCUGACCUGGUUAAUAAAUAUGCUGUAGUAGAACGUCUGAAUUUUGCUUAUUAUUUACAUCAUGGGCGGCCAUCAUUUGCAUUUGGUACUUUUCUGGUUCAGGAAUUAACCAAGAGCAAGACCCCCAAGCAGCUGAUCCAGCAAGUAGGCAAUGAAGCCUAUGCUUUAGGGCUCUCCUGCUUCCACAUACCUUCGAUAGGAGCCGCCUGUGUGUGCUUCUUAGAAUUGCUUGGUCUCGACAGUCUCAAGCUCAGAGUUGAUAUGAAAGUGGCCAAUAUAAUUUUGAACUACAAGUGUGGAAAUGAAGAUGCUCAAUACAACUCUAUCAGAGAGUCUCUAGCUGAAAAACUGUCUAAACUUGCCGUGGGUGAAAGGGCAACCACAGAAGAGUUGCUUGUUCUCUUAGAAGAAGGCAUAUGGAACAGCCUUCAGCAGCAGGAAAUAGAGAGCCCCACAUCCACUCCCAAUUACAGGUUAUCCAGUGAAUCCAGCAGCCAGUGGGCAUUAGUGGUACAGUUCUGCAGGCUCCACAAUAUGAAACCAAGCACAUCUUACCUUAGAGAAUGUGCCAGAGCAAAUGAUUGGUUACAGUUUAUUAUUCACAGCCAGCUCCAUAGUCAUCACCCAGAGGAGGUGAAAUAUCUUCUGCAGUAUUUCAGCCCUGUCCUUCAGGACCACUUAAGACUGGCUUUUGAGAGCUUGCCCUCAGUGUCCAACUCCAGAAUGGACAGUGAUCAAGUCUGCAACAUGUACUCACAGGAACUCCAGAGACACAAAGGAGAGAUGACGGAUUUCUUUCAGAUUCUGCUUCAGUGUUCAGAGGUGCCAAACUCCUGGUGCUGGCUCCUGGGAGAAGCAGUGAAACAAAAGGCCCCAAUCCUUAGUGUCCUGGCCUCAUGUCUCCAGGACGCCAGUGCUGUCUCUUGCCUCUGUGUUUGGAUCGUCGCCUCUGUGGAGCCCCGUGUUGCAGCUGAAGCGGUGGGACCCCUUCAGGACCCAGUGGAGGGCCACAUCUGGGGCCUGGGGGACCUCUCUGUCAUCUGGAGGACGUUGCUAAUGAGGCGGAAGAUCAGGACUCUCAUCAGAGGUUUCCAGCUUUUCUUUAAGGAUUCCCCACUACUGUUGAUGAUGGAGAUGUAUGAGCUCUGUAUGUUCUUCAAGAAUUACAAGGAGGCUGAAGCUAAACUUGUGGAGUUCCAGCAGAGCCUUGAAAGUCUUGAGACAGCAGCCACAAGGGUCCCCGCUGCCAUCCCUGCCCCGUGGCUGAAGGAGCACGCGCGUUUUCUCUUGGAGCUCAUGCUGCAGCAGUCUGGCACCCAGUAUGAGCUGGGGAGACUAUUACAGCUGUUGGUUGGGGUAGAACAUCUCUUCUCUGACGGUCCAGAUGUGAAGAAACUGUGUGUCCUAAGUCAGAUUUUGAAGGACACCUCCAUAGCCAUUAAUCGUGCAAUUAUUACUAGCUACAGCCUUGAGAAUUUCCAGCGUGAAUGUAGGUCAGUUUUGGACAAACUGGAGACAGACGGACACUUUGCUCUGGCCAGGAGGGUAGCAGAGCUAGCUGAGCUGCCUGUGGACGACCUGGUGAUUGAAGAGAUCACACAGGAAAUGCAGACCUUAGAGCACAUUGACCAGUGGUCCCUGAGACAAGCACGAAUUGACUUCUGGAAAAAAUGUCAUGAGAAUUUUAAGAAAAAUUCCGUUUCCAGCAGAGCAGCAGCAGCUUUCUUCUCAGCCCGGGCCCUGCGGGCGGGCGAGCGCCCCGCUGCUGGGGGCCCCAGCGGCGCCGAGGAGCGCCACCUGCUGCUCUCGCUGGCAGGGCACUGGCUCGCCCGGGAGGACCCGGUGCCUCUGGAGGAGCUGGAGGACCUGGAGAAGCAGAUCUGGCUCUGUCGUGUCGCCCAGCACACCCUCGGGGGGAGCCGGGAGGAAGGAGAGCCCAGAGGGCCUCAGCAGGUCUCAGCUGGAGGCGAACUUUCCUUUGAUGGCUUAGCCAGUGAGUUUUCAUUCUCUCACUUGGCUGUUCUGAACACGUCAAAAUACUUAGAACUGGAUGGCCUUCCGUCCAGAGACAUUUGUGACAAUAAACUGAACUGGAAGGAGCAGGCGUCCCUAAACUGUUUGAUCGGGCGCCUGCUGGAUGACGGCUGUGUGCACGAAGCAAGCCGAGCGUGCCGGUAUUUUCGUUUCUAUAACCAAGACGUCACCUUGGUGUUGCACUGCAGAGCGCUGGCUUCAGGGGAGGCUAGUAUGGACGACCUGCACCCGGAGAUCCUCGCGCUCUUACGAAGUGCUGAGCUUCCUGAGGAAGAGGAGGAGGCUGGCAUCCCCCUAAGGAAAGUCCAGAGCAUGUCCAGUCUGGACGGUCAGUCGUUUGUGAUGCCGCCCCUCGCAGAUGAAGUGGUGAUGAACCUGGAAACUCUGACAAGCAGGUGCCUCCACGGGAAGAACUACUGCCGGCAGGUCCUCUGUCUCUACGAGCUCGCCAAGGAGUUGGGCUGUUCCUACGCAGACGUCGCUGCCCAGGAUGGUGAGGCCCUGCUCCGGGCCGUCUUGGCCUCUCAGCGGCCUGAUCGAUGCAAGCGAGCUCAAGCCUUCAUCAGCACCCAGGGCCUCAGGCCGGACACAGUGGCUGAACUUGUGGCUGAAGAGGUGACCCGGGAGCUGCUGACACCGUCGGAGGGAACAGGACACAAGCAGGUGUUUACCCCAGCAGAGGAAAGCCAGACAUUUCUUCAGCUAACCGCUCUGUGUCAAGACCGCACUUUGCUGGGCAUGAAGUUGUUGGAGAAGAUUUCCUCUGUUCCCCACGGGGAGCUGUCUUGCACCACAGAGCUGCUGAUCCUGGCUCAUCACUGCUUCACGCUGACAUGCCACAUGGAGGGCAUCAUCCGCGUCCUGCAGGCCGCCCGGCUGCUCACCGACAACCACUUGGCCCCCAGUGAGGAGUAUGGGCUGGUGGUGCGUCUCCUCACUGGCAUCGGGAGGUACAACGAGAUGACGUACGUAUUCGAUUUGCUGCAUGAGAAGCACUGCUUCGAGGUGCUCAUGAGGAAGAGGCUGGACCCUAGUGGCACCCUGAAGACGGCUCUGCUGGACUACAUCAAGCGCUGCCGCCCUGGGGACAGCGAGAAGCACAACAUGAUCGCGCUGUGUUUCAGCAUGUGCCGGGAGAUCGGCGAAAACCACGAGGCAGCUGCCUGCAUCCAACUGAAACUGAUCGAGUCUCAGCCCUGGGAGGACAGCCUCAAGGACGGGCAGCAGCUGAAGCAGCUGCUGCUGAAGGCCCUGACGCUGAUGCUGGACGCAGCAGAGAGUUACGCCAAGGACUCCUGCGUGCGCCAGGCCCUGCGCUGCCACCGGCUCACCAAGCUGAUAACGCUGCAGAUUCACUUUCUGAACACUGGCCGGAACACGAUGCUCAUCAACCUGAGCCGCCACAGGCUGCCGGACUGUAUCGCAGCCCUGCCUCGGUUCUACCAGGCUUCUAUUGUGGCAGAGGCCUAUGACUUUGUUCCUGAUUGGGCUGAAAUUCUGUAUCAACAAGUGAUUCUUAAAGGAGACUUUAAUUAUUUGGAAGAAUUUAAGCAGCAAAGGUUAUUAAGACCCAGUAUAUUUGAAGAGAUUUCAAUAAAAUGUAAACAUCAUCAGCCUACAGACUUUGUUCUGAAAAACCUGAAGAAGUUACUCACUUAUUGUGAAGACAUCUACUUGUAUUACAAGCUGGCAUACGAACACAAACUUGAUGUUGUCAAUGUGCUUCUGAAGGACCCUCAGACCGGUUGCUGUCUAAAGGACAUGCUAGCAGGUUAGGAUGGAUUCAGAUGACACAUGAGGAUGGUCACUGCCAAGAAUUCUUAAGCGCCUGUUUUCUUGUACUGAAAUGAGGUAUACAGGAUGUCUGUGGUCAGCCUAGAGAGAAACGCAGUGGGGAUCUUCGAUGUCUGAUUGUAAAACACCAGGACUGACCGUAUCAGUCCUUUGUGAAUAGUGGGUAAAAGGAUGAGAAAUUUUCACAAGGAAAUUCCUUUUCGAAAAUGAUUAUAUGCAUCUAUAUCAUUUUUUUCUAGCAUCUGUAUCAUUUUUUUCUAUAUACCAAUAUCUAUAUAUUGGUAUUAAGAUCAAAAGUUCCAUCUUCCUCAAGACAGUUUUACUUUAGGAGAUGAUACAAUAUUUAGUAAAGAAUAGCUGUGCCUGCAGAUUCCAGUUUCAAAGGAAUUUAAUAUUAUUUACACAGUUGAGGAAACAGAUGAUACAUUUCCAUUUGUUAGAAACUGAUCUCUAUAAUAAAAUAGAUUUUAAAUUCA